UAAGUAGAUUUCUUUUAGGUUUUAGUUUCCCAUAUCGCAACCACACUCGGGUGGAGGAAGAAGUUUGACCAUGUCGAGCAACAAAGAUGACGGUGCAGCAGACAGAAUCAAAGCGGCCGCUCUAACCGCCGCCAAGGGUCUGAGCCGCGCCCAGGCUGAGCGAGCAGCCACCGCCGCUGCUCGUAAUGUGAACGCGUACGGGCAGAAGGAAGAGGGCCCCAGCAGAUGGCAAGAGAGGAAAGAAGCCAAGAGGCAGAUGUACCUAAUGAGUACCGAAAAGCAAGUCCGAUUGGGCGAAAGAAAAGACACCAAGAACUCAGCUCCAACACUCGGUGCAUCUUCACAAUGCCAAAAGUGCUACCAAACAGGGCACUGGACUUACGAGUGCAAGAACGAGAGGGUUUACAUUUCGAGACCAUCUCGCACACAGCAACUGAAGAACCCGAAACUUAGAAUGAAGGUUUCCAUUUCGUAUGAUUUGGACAACCCCGAUAUACCAGUAGAGGAUAAGAGUGAGAAAAAGCGCGAAAAAAAGAAGAGUAAAAAGAAGCACAAGUCCGGGACUAAGUCGGAUAAUGACAGCGAGGCUUCGGUUUUCGAAUCGGACAGUGAUCGUUCGUCUGUUACAGGAUCGGACGAUGACUCUUCUGGAGAGAGUGAGUCGAGCUAUAGUUCUUCGACUGAUUCGGAAGAGGAGAGGAGGAGAAAGAGGAAGAGUAAGAAACAGAAACAGAGGAGGAGAAGCCAUCGUAGAAGCAGCUCUUCGUCUGAAUCUUCCGAGUCGGAGUCUGAUUCGGAUUCUGAUUCUGAUGGUAAGAGCCGUCGGAGAAAGGGCAAGAGUAAGAGGCAUGGUACGAAAGCACUGAGACAAGGUGCAAUGAAAGUCGAAAUUGUGGUGUUACGACAUGGUGUAACUCUUUAGGAUGUCUUGUUUUUAAAUGAGUUUGUUUAGUACGUUGAAGGGAAGUAUUUGACGAGGCCUAAAACUCUGUAGGAGAUUGCGUUUUCGAUAAUUUUGUUUGUAAUGUGUUUCCUUGCAGUGUGAUUGUUACAUUGUUUACUUAUGAUUAGAUUUUACCUUUGGUUUGUGCUCUUGUUGAAUGCAUUGAAGUUUGGUU